AUGGUUGGCGAGGCCAGUCCCUCGUCCAGCAAGGGCGCUGGGGAGCCUUACCACAGGAAGCAGCCAUCCUACGGCUCGCUUGGGGACGAUGGAUACAGUGAGGGAGGUUCAUUCAGUGGGAGGGACAGCUUUAUGGAUGAGAAAGAGAGCGGCAUGCGUGGCUUCGAUUACGAUCCGGAGCAUCCAACAAGACGAGCGCCGAGCUUCGCAGGAUCAGGAAAGGAGAAAGGAGAGGGCAUAGGAUCGCUAGCUAGGCUGGUGGAGGCUCUGGAAAUGUAUGACAACCCGCACAUGGACUCCUACCUGUCAGACGAGCAGGAUGGGUCACUGGGGGCAGGCCUGGGAAGCAUACACCCGUUUGGAGGCAUGGGCCUGGGCGAUGACAUGGAUGGGGAUGAAAAGGCGCUGCUUGGGGGCGGCGGCGGCAAGCGCAAGGGGGGAUACGCAAAGAGCUGCGACUCCUUCGGCUAUGCGGCGGAGAUGAACCCGAAGCUGAAGGGCAAGAAGGUGCCGCUGCUGGAAGAGGAGCCGAUCGACGAGUAUGUGCCGCCGCCCUUCAACGCCAAUGCACCCGAGGGAGCGGAGGCGAUGGAGCGGGGGGAGAGUGGCGAGGGACUGGAAGGGGAGGGGGAGUGGCCGCGGCGGCCCUUCAAGCGCGGCUGGAAGUUUAAUAUGGUGGGCAUGACACUCAUGUCCAUCUUUGUGCUGGCGCUGGGCUUCUACCUGUGGGUCCGCAUCACCAAGACCCUCGACCUCGGCCAGUACACCUGGUAUGGGUGGAUGGUGCUGAUUGUGGAGAUGCUGGGAGCGACCUCCACAAUUCUGUACGGUCUCAACAUCAUCUUGGACCCUGUGCAUGAGAAGCUGGAGAUGGAGCCUGACAACCCAGGCAUCACAAAGACGAAGUGGCGCUACCAUGUGCGCGUGCUGGUGCCGUGCUACAAGGAGCCAAUGGAGAUCACUGCGCGCACGGUGCAGGCGGCCUACAACGCCAAGCUGCCCGCCGGCUGCGACCUCACCAUCUACCUGUGUGAUGACGGCAAGGACCCGCAGAAGCGUAAAUGGUGUGAGCAGAUGGGGCCUGAGAUCAUCUAUGUGAGCGGGCGUAUGAGGAAGGCCGGCGAAAUGAACGGCAAGUCAGCCAAUCUGAACAACUGCCUGUCCCACAUCUACCCAGUGGGCACACCCAUCCCCGCCAACGAGAUCACCUGCAUCUUCGAUGCCGAUCAGGUGGCCAACCCGGACUUCUUCCUGAAGACGCUGCCGCUGUUUGACGCGGGCGACGAUGUGGGCAUGGUGCUGUCGCCGCAGGCCUUCCACAACCUGAACCCCAGCGCGGACAUCUUCAACCACGGCAACAUACAGUUCUGGGAGUAUGCGCAGCACGGCUACGACGCCCUCGGCUUCAUCUCCUGUACCGGAACCAAUUUCCUGACUCGUUCGCUGGCGUUUGAGCAAGCGGGCUGGUCGCCGGAGUACACGCUGACGGAGGACUAUGCGCUGGGCAUGGAGCUGCGCAAGCGCAAGUGGAAGUGCCGCUACGUGGAGGAGUACCUGGCAGUCGGAGAGGCGCCCGAGCAAGUCAGGAACUGCUUCCAGCAGCGCUCCCGUUGGGCCAAGGGUCACUUCCAGAUCGUGCUGUCCAACGAGCACUGCCCGCUGUUCCAGAAGGACCUCAGCAUUUUCCAGCGCCUCAUGUACUGCUCUGGAGUGUGGUCCUAUGUUGUGGGUGCCAUCACAGCGCCCAUGUUCAUUGCCAUCCCGCUGAUCACCAUCUGGGCCGGGGUCUUUCCCAUUGUGGUCUCCUGGUGGGCCGCAGUGGGCCUGACGGUGUACUUCCUGGCGCAAUACAUGGUGCUCAACUACGUGCGCAAGUUCAACCACGUCAAGCCGCUCUGGUUUGCCAACGUGGCCAACAACAUCCUCUGGUGGACGUUCGUGAAGGCCUGCUGGCGUGCCGUGGGGUCGACCAUGGGCAAGGGAAUCACCUUCAAGACCACGCUGAAGGGGCGCGGCAUGCUGAUCGCCAACUCCAUUGGAGACCUGUGGAUGCCCACGCUCUGCUUUCUCGGCCUCCUCGCCUCCCUCGGCUUCGGCAUGUUUAAGGUGUUCACUGGGCCGACAGUGGUGACGACGCUGUCCAUAUCGCUGGUGUGGAUCAUCUACUCCGCCAUCCCCCCGUACCUGCUACUGCACUACAACUUCAUCGGCCGCGGCGCCACGCUGCGCUGGGCAUGCACGCUUUGCUUCUUCAUCUCCUCCCUCUGCGGCAUCGCUGCCAUCACCCUCCUCUGGCUCGUCUACCCCACGCAGUAUGACUACAGCGGCAUCAUGGGAAUGACGUACCGCUUCUACGAUGCUGAGCGCGUGGGCGCGCUGGCGGGCAACUACAGCAUCCCCUGGCGCGGCCCAGCCUUCCUGCAGGAGGUCGGCCCCAAGGCGCAGGGCUUCGGCAACAUGACCGGCGGCUUCAUGACCGGUGGGCAGGCGGGCACGCUGAAGAUGACCAUCCCCACGGCCUUCUCGAUGACCAUGCUGGCCUGGGGCAUGCUCGAGUUCCCUCAUGGGUACGCAAAGGCAAACACGACGGCUGAUGGGCUGCAAACGCUGAAGUGGGGCACGGACUACCUGCUGCGCACGCUGGCCAAGCAGACCAAGGCGGGGCAGCGCUACCCCGAGUACAACAUUGCCUACCAGGUGGGCAACUACUCGGUGGACCGCGGCAGGUGGGACCGGCCGGAGAAUUUCAAGGACAAGCGGCCUGUGUACUAUGUUCCCACCAAGAACGGCACGUCAGACCUGGGCGGGCAGAUAGUGGCGGCGCUGGCGUCCACGGCGAUGGUGUUCCAGGACGCGGACUCCAAGUACUCCAACAAGCUGAUGAAGGAGGCGCUGGACCUGUACGCGGCCAUCAGCCGCAAGAAAGGCAUGUGGAGCGACCAGUUCCUCUACGCCUGUGCCCCACCGGACCCGACCGCGACGCUGACCAACCCCAUAAAGCCCUCCUGCAAGCAGCCGGACGUGGCCUUCCGCGGCAGCAUGGUUUACUGGUACAACAGCACCAGCUGGCGCGAUGACAUGGCAUGGGCCGCCAGCUGGAUGUUCCGCGCCUCGGGAGACCCCAACUACCUCAGCGACGCGUACGGCUUCUACCGCACCCACAAGGACCUCGAGGGCGAGCUCGACAUCCGCUACCUGAUUGACUGGGACAACAUGAUAUACCCGACGACGGUGAUGCUGGCCAUGCUGACGGACAACCCCCAGUUCCACAGCGAGGCCCAGGCCUACCUCCAAAAGUGGCUCUGCAGCUCUGGGGACACCAUCAGCUACACGCCGCUGGGCCGCGCGUACAACCGUUUCAACCCGGCGUUGGGGCAGACCAUGAACGCUGCGCUCGUGUCUGUAAUCUAUGGCCAGGCCAUCCAGCCGCCCGCUAUCGCCCCCAAGCCCUUUGAGACAGUGAAGUACAGCGACGGGCUGAAGAGCCAGAAGUACAUCUGCUGGACGCGCAAGCAGAUGCGCUACAUCCUGGGCGACCAUGGCAUCUCCUAUGUGACAGGCCUGGGCGCGAAGAAGGGGUCCCCCCAGCGUGUGUACGAUCGGGGGGCCUCCUGCCCCAGCCCGCCCCAGAACUGCAGCGCCAUCACAGCGCUGUACAACCCCACCCCCAACCCCCACACCCUCACCGGCGCCCUUGUCAUGGACCCGCGCACGUGGGACUUCUUCGACGACAACCGGUCGAGCAACGACACGUGGGUGGCCAUCGACAACAACGUGGGCCUGACUGGCGCGCUGGCCGGCCUCAACCAGGUCACGGGCACCUACGACCAGUGCCUGCAGGGCUACGGCAUUCUCGCGCGCGACGCCACCAUCUGCGACUCUCGCCUCUAGAUUGUGCCCAGCAGAAGUCUUGCAGCACUCGAGAGGCGCCUGCUGGGAUCUGCUGUGUGCUGGGAGCUGCGCACAUCUGUGCAUGGCAUGACGGUUUUCUGUGCAAGAUCCAGACCUAACGGCUUGGGGUAACACUCGCACUCUCAAGCAUAUUGCACUGUGCCUGUUGAAGCGCGCGACACCCUCGGAAUUCAGCUCUCCGUAGUGUCUUGCAAGUCAUAUUUGUAAGUAAAAACAAGGCAAAGAACAAGCACAUACUAAUCUCUGAAGCAACCGGACAGAUUUGGCAAUUUUGAGCUGUCCUUUACGGAGGAAUCCUCUGUGAUUUCCGCAUAGCACCUGGCAGAUUUGAAUUCAUUCUCUGGCUUGAGUCAAGCAAAGGAUUUUGUAUUAGGUUUGAUUAUGAAGACGUCACCAAUGCUUGAGAGGGGAGAAGAAAGUGCGAAGAUCAAUAGGCCGGGACACUAGGUUGCCUCGAUGUAGAGCAAAGCAGUGCAAUGAAGAGAUCUAGGAUGUUUGGUGUCUUUCAGGCCAGAGAAUGUACCUCUGCCAAAGCAAUAAUAGACAUCUUUAGUGAAGAAAUGUUUCAGGUCUGUCAAAGAGUACAGAACUAUAAUAUGCUGAUGAAGUGUUGUUCUAAUCUUCUUAGAUGAGCAAAUGCGUGGGAAGGAGGUUGAGCAUGCCUCACUAGUACUAUUGAGAGCAAUCAUGGACAAAGUGUGGCUCCCCCAGAAUGUUCUGCAGCGCACCAUAUAAUUUGCCACAUAUGAUGCGCUGCUACCCAAGUGUUUGCUUGAGAGGAUGUUUCGAUGUUUCAGACCCAAAGCGAGCAUGCUCGAUUACCGUGAAAUAUGCCGAUAGUUUGAGCCAAAUGUAAACGGUUUAGACAGCAU